CGACCACGCCCCUCCAGUUUGUGUACAGGUCGGCGCUGCGCUCUCGGCGACAAAGAGGCGCUCGUGCGUAAGUGAUACGUCAGCCAAAGAGGGGCAUCGGGCGUCACCACGCAUGCGCGCCCAGAAGCGGAUCCCGGCGGGGCUCAGCUGAGGAGAGGGAGAUGCCGCCGCUGUCAAGCUGGGAUUAGGCUAUCUUAAUCCAGAGGAAGGGAAGGUUGUUGUCGGACUCUUGAAAUCUCACCAGCCACAUCCGGAGUGGUCAGGGAUGAUGGGAGUUGCAGUCCAACAGCAGCUGGAUUGCUACAGGUUCCCCACCUGUGGCCUAGAAGAGCAAAAAGACUGCUUUGCUAGCUCAUAAUAAGAACCAACGAAAUUUUCCUUAGUAGGAAUAGAGUUAGUGAGAUGUGGAUUCAACCACAGCUUGUGGCGUGCUUCAAGAUCUAGGGACGCGCGGGCGUUGUGCUGGCUGCUGCAGGCACAAAGAGGACAUGGAGGAGGGUUUGACGUGGCCGUCGGAGGGGCUGGAAGUUCAGACAGCUGCUUCUCCCGGGGUCAGCCGGCGGAUAUCAGUCAGCGAAUUCUCUUGCCAUUGCUGCUAUGAUAUUCUCGUCAAUCCUACCACCUUGAACUGUGGGCACAGCUUCUGCAGGCAUUGCUUGGCGUUAUGGUGGACGUCUUCCAAGAAGAACGAGUGUCCAGAAUGCAGGGGGAAAUGGGAAGGAUUCCCCAAAGUCAACAUUCUUCUCAGGGAUGCAAUUGAAAAACUGUUUCCAGAUGCUAUCGAGCAGCGGAAGGACGACAUCCAGCAGAACAGCGAUGCGUCCCUCAGCCUCGCCGCCUUUCAGAAAUACGGGAGCGAUCAGACCUCCGCAGCUCCAACGGCGGGGCGAAUUAAUCCUCGGGGAGGGGGUUUUUUCUCCGGUGUGCUGACAGCACUAACUUGUGUGGCUGUAGUUUUGCUCGGCUAUCACUGGAGCAGCCGGGAGUCAGAAGAUGACCUCCUCGUCCACAAACCCGUUGCCAAAUGGACUGCUGGGGAGGUGGUACACUGGCUGGGGCAGCUGGGACCCUGGACUUCCCUCUACAAGGAGAGGUUUUUACUUGAGCGCGUUAAUGGGAGGCUCCUGCUGACGCUCACGGAUGAGGACUUCUCAAAGGCUCCUUACAAUGUAGAGAACAGUAGCCACAGGAAGGCCAUUAUGACGGAACUGGAACGUGUGAAGAUGUUGGGCGUCAAACCACCGCAGAACCUUUGGGAGUACAAGGCGGUGCAUCCUGGGAAGUCACUGUUCCUGCUGUACGCCUUGAAGAGCUCCCCGCGCCUCACCAUGCUCUACUUGUACCUCUUUGAUUACACGGACGUCUUCCUCCCCUUCCUCCACACCAUCUGUCCCAUGCAGGAGGAGGAGCUGGAGGACAUUCUCACAAAGCGGCUAGACCUGAAGGAGCCUGCUUGGAAGCAGUGGCGAGAAUUCUUUGUGAAAUACUCUUUCCUGCCCUACCAGCUAAUAGCUGAGUUUGCUUGGGACUGGUUAGAGGUGCAUUACUGGACGUCCCGCUUCAUCAUCGUCAACGCCAUGCUGCUCUCUGUGCUGGAGCUCUUCUCAUUCUGGAGGCUGUGGUCAAGAAGGGAGCUGAAGACAAUUCCUCACCGGAUGUGGGGCCAUUUCUGGAAAGUGUCCACCCAGGGACUCCUCAUGGCUAUUUUCUGGCCAGUUAUUCCUCAGUUUGUUUGCAACUGCCUGUUCUACUGGGCUUUGUACUUUAACCCAAUUAUAAAUAUUGAUCUUGUGGUGAAAGAAAUCCGUCGCUUGGAAACUCAAGUACUUUGAUGGCGUGUUCUGGGAUCGGCACUGUGCUGUUCAGUCCUGAACCAUCUGGUGGCAGGGAGCUGCCAA